AGCCUUCUGUUUCCCCUCAGCUCCAGCCCUCCCUUGACAGAGAAACCAGGUGAUGGCAGCCAUGAUCCCGUCAGUUUGGCCCCAGGUGAGCUGUGGGCCCCUCAUCUCUUCCUCUGGGCAGUUCAGAUUGAGAACUGAGGAGAGAGCUGCCCAGUGUGAAAAUGGCAUGCAGGUUCUCUGCUAAGUUGGUGACCUUUGAGGACGUGGCUGUGUAUUUCACCCAGAUGGAAUGGGAUGUUCUGUCCCCUGAACAGAGGGCGCUAUACAAGGAUGUAAUGUUGGAGAAUUAUAGGAACUUGUCCUCCAUGGGAUUUCCAUUUCUCAAACCUGCUUUGAUCUCACAGCUAGAGAAAGGAAAGGACCUGGAAAACCUGUCUCAGCUGGCCACUGGAACAGACUCCCAGGGCCUCUGGACUGAAUAUACUUCUAUCCAGAUUGGCAAUAAUUUGACAAAAGAAGUGUAUGAAGAAAAAAAGAGUAUGUUAUUUGAUCUUCAGAAGGACUUUUCCCAGGAAACAAACUUUUCAAAAACUUCUAUUGUAGACCAACGACAGGAAAUCCACAUAACAGGAAGUGUGAAAGAGAGUAUCAGUGCCACUGAUGGAAGAGUGAAGACAAGCUCUGUGGAAGGGUAUUUAUUUAGUCACACCCCAAAUGUGUCUCAGAGCUGCGCCAACUCCACUGGAGGACAGUAUUCUGAUAAUGAAAAAAUUACUACAGAAGGAAGACCUUUGAAACACAAGGAAUUAUCAGAAAUCUCUCAUGGUAGAUCUCAAGUUAAUCAGCGUUUAGAAAGCCCCACCGUGGAGAAGCCUUAUCAAUGCACAGAAUGUGGCAAAACCUUCAGUGUUAAAGCAAAAUUUGUUUGGCAUCAAAGACUUCAUAAUGGAGAAAAACCUUUCAAAUGUGUGGAAUGUGGGAAAUGCUUUAGCUAUAGUUCACACUAUAUCACACAUCAGACAAUCCACAGUGGAGAAAAGCCUUAUCAGUGUAAGGUAUGUGGAAAAGCCUUCAGUGUUAAUGGAAGUCUAGUUAGACACCAGAAGAUACAUACAGGAGAGAAGCCCUAUCAGUGCCAGGAAUGUGGGACUGGCUUUAGCUGUAGUUCAGCAUACAUUACACAUCAGAGAACCCACACAGGGGAGAAACCUUAUGAGUGUAGUGACUGUGGGAAAGCUUUCAAUGUUAAUGCAAAAUUAAUUCAGCAUCAAAGAAUUCAUACCGGAGAGAAACCUUAUGAGUGUAAUGUGUGUGGGAAAGGUUUCAGGUGCAGCACUCAGCUUAGGCAGCAUCAGAGUAUACAUACUGGAGAAAAACCACAUCGGUGUAGUGAAUGUGGAAAAGGUUUCACGAAAAAUGCAAAACUCAUUCAACAUCAGAGAGUCCACACAGGUGAGAAACCCUAUGAGUGCAACGAAUGUGGGAAGACUUUUAGUGCCAAAGGGAAGUUAAUCCAGCACCAGAGAAUCCACACAGGUGAGAGGCCUUAUGAAUGUAAUGAAUGUGGGAAGUCUUUUCGGUGUAACUCCCAGCUCCGGCAGCAUCUGAGAAUCCAUACUGGGGAGAAGCCAUACAAGUGCAGUGAGUGUGGAAAGGCCUUCAAUGUUAAUGCAAAACUAAUGCAGCAUCGGAGAACUCACACAGGGGAAAAGCCUUUUGAAUGUAAUGAAUGUGGGAAGUGCUUUACUUCUAAAAGAAACCUACUUGAUCAUCAGCGGACCCAUACUGGAGAAAAGCCAUUUCAAUGCAAGGAGUGUGGGAAAGCUUUCAGUAUCAAUGCAAAGUUAACUAGACAUCAACAAAUACAUACUAGGGACAAACCUUUCAAGUGUAUGGAAUGUGAGAAAGCAUUCAGCUGUAGUUCUGACUAUAUUGUGCAUCAGAGAAUCCAUACUGGAGAGAAACCAUUUCAAUGCAGUGAGUGUGGGAAAGCCUUCCAUGUCAAUGCUCAUUUAAUUAGACACCAGAGAAGCCAUACUGGGGAAAAACCUUUCCGAUGUGUUGAGUGUGGCAAAGGCUUCAGCCUUAGUUCUGACUGUAUUAUACACCAGACUGUGCAUACUUGGAAGAAGCCCUAUAUGUGUAAUAUAUGUGGAAAAACUUUCAGGUUUAGCUUUCAACUUAGUCAGCACCAAGAUGUUCAUAGUGAAGAAAAAGUCUAACAAAGAAAACAGCAAACAAACAAAAUACUCCUAUGUUUAAUAGGAAAUGGAUCAUGACUCAUCAAUUAUUACUCAGAAGAAAACACCAGAGGGAAUGAAUAUGGCAGUCUUCAUUUGGAAAUAAUUUUUUUUUGUCUGUUUUACUCUAUUUUUAAUCAAGAUUAAAUGAGCAACUGGAAAGUUA